GUAUAUACUGAGGAGAGUAGGAGCUGUGUCAGUGUGACACACAAUGUAAUUCAGGGGGAAGGCACUGAGGGAGACUCUGUAAUGUAAGCAAACAUGUUGGGAUUUCAUCUGAUAGCCCUUUUGCUUACGUCAUACAUCCGUGUAUCUAUUCAACAUGGUUUCCUCAGUUGGCCUCCGCAGAGGUCGUCACUAUGGCGACAUGGAUUCGACUCGCCAAUCAACUACAACGAUAACGCCCUUUGGUGUGGUGGAUUACCUUACUUCAAACAAGUAGGUCAAAAGUGCGGAACUUGUGGCGACUCCUAUUACGGUCCUCACGAACACGAGGCUGGAGGUAAAUAUGGUCUGGGGAUCAUAGGUGCGCGGUAUCCAGAAGGUACUACGUCGCUCCAGGUCACAGUUACCGUAAAUGCCUAUCACAAAGGAUUCUUCGAGUUUAAGAUUUGUUCUCACAAUAACCCACUGGCACCUGUUCAGCAAGAAUGUCUGGACCAGAGCCCUCUGAAAGUACGAGAGGCAAAAAAGGACAAAGAUGGAUUUAAGUAUUACCCUCCAAAGGGCGGCGAGAUUGAGCUGACUGUUGAACUUCCAAAAGGCAUUCAUUGUAGUCAAUGUGUACUUCAGUGGAAAUAUAAAACAGGAAAUAGUUGGGGAAAGGAUCGCGAUGGAAAUAGCUGCCUGGGCUGUGGAGCACAAGAACAGUUCCAAAACUGUGCUGAUAUAAGUAUAGGAUUUGACGCCCCACCUGAACAGCAAACGUUUGGUUUCACAAAAAGAUCCGUUACGGUUCAUAUGGGGCACACCAAAAGUCCAAGAACUGUGAGUCCUGAUCAAAUAAUGGAUCAUCCUAGAGAUGCCAAUACCAAUACGUUAUCUCCGAGUGCACAAUACGUAGUCCAUGGUCAAAAUGUUGCAACGAUCUCUCCUGCUCUUCCACCUCCGCCUCCGAAGGUUCCCGAGAAAAUUGACAUCAAUGGCUUGACUCUCACGGGACAACUUCAAGAUCUGCUUUCUCGACAAACACUGUCACUGACAAACCCACCCUCACCGCCAUUAUAUAUGACACAGUGGACGACUAACAGACCAAGCAAAUUGGAACCACAAAGCAGGUCCCCGAAGCAAACGGGGAGUCAUCAAAAAAAAAGAGGACAUUCAAGCAACACAGAUAACCUACAACAAAAAAUCAACACACACGUUACUUCUGUGAGGAAAUCGCGCUGGAGAAAUGUCGCUGUUCAUACAACGAAGAACACGGGGUCAUUAUUUGCCGAUCAUAACAACGCAGGAAUGGUUAUCAGCGCUCCUGGAACACCAGUCAAGUCCUUAACAGGAAAAUCCCCUUCCAAGUAUGAAGGUCCUACCGCUAUACCAAGCAAAAUUAAAUCUGCGAAUAUGCUAUUAAAAGCUUUAACUGCUGAUAAUAAAAACAAACCACACUUGAAAAGUAAUGGCGUACGAAAGGCAAGAACGAAGCCAGUAAAAAAACUGACAAGAAAACAAAGACGAAGGGCUGAACGGCUUGCUAGAAAACAACGGCGAGAGGCUGCUAAAAAGGCUAAGAAGGCUGAAAGACUCGCUAGAAGAAGAAAUUCACAAUUAUCAAGCAGGAGAAGAUCAAGACGGAGGGAAAUAAAAACGUCUUCCCCUAGAAUGGCUGUUAGCAAUCAAGAUGCUUCACCGCAACCGGCUUCCAAUAAUGAUGUCUCCAAGAAAAAGUCGGUUUCCUCUCACAAUGAAAAACAGCAUCCGUCACCAGUUAUUGAUGCAACCUCUCCUAAACUAAGUUCGAGCUCUAAAAAGGCAAAGCCAACGUCGUCUACUCUGAACAAGAUUCUGGAGAAACUUAAAGAGAAGCUAUUGGGUCGGUCAUCUGAACAUGUUCAGACGACGCUGCAAAGUACACAGACUGGUGGUUCCAGAGUGAGUUCAUCCAUCCAUUAUUCUACAUCAAAGUUAUCACCAGCCAGGUCUCAACAACGAUAUAGCCUUCCGCAGUCAACGAUAAAGAAUCAAGACCGAUCCUUCUUACGAUUAGUUGCAGGUUUGAAAAAGGCCAUAAAAAUGGCGGAAAAGUCUGCAGCUGGAGCUGAUGUUAUCAAAUCCAUGAAAGAUCUGCUAAAUGAUGUUGCCAAGCGUAAUCCCAACUUGGUUUGACAAGGGUCAUACGCACAUGGAUAUUACUUUUUUCUUUUGCAAACGGAUGUGCAAAAUCUUUCAUCAAUGGCAUCAAAAAGUAUUUAUAUCAAACGAACUUUUGACUGGACUGAUGCUUUAUUAUUGAUGCCAGUAAUCUUGACAUGAUUACUAAUAAUAUGCAAAAACAUUCGAUGAAGGUUGUUUUUAUUAUUCCAUUUGAUGAUUUGAAAGAUAUGAAAUGGGGGAUGUGCUGUCAAUUUCAUUUUAUUUUGAGAUAUCUAUUUCUCAUGAUGUCAUUUUAUUCUAUAAAUGGUGAAACAUAGAGUCUUAACGAUACGUUACACGAACUCAAACACAUGUACACAUACAGUAUACACAUAUUCAUACACUCAAUGAGAUCCGGGAACAUUUAUAAAGUCACAAAGUGCUGUUUCUGUUCAUAAAACCCCAUAUAAUUUUUUUUUUUUAAAGUGUUGUAUUUUUGUUUGGUUUUCUUCAUUAAAUGGCCAAAAAUAGAACCUUCACAAUAAGUCCUUUACAUAUUCACACCAAAAAGCACAAAGUAAUUCUUUCAAAUGACAUCAGGGGAAAAUUAGAGCAUAGCUAUGUUUAUGUUGUGAUUAAACCACCAUAUGAAAGUGAUUUUAGAGUGAACUGAUUUUUUUCGGUUUUCAAUUAGCAAGACAUGACGCAACAUGACUUUAUAUAUGUACAAAAAGAUGAAGAAUGCAGUAAAAUGAAGUUAUUUUCAUGCAUAUUUUGGUCACCAUGUUCUUAUCAGUUAAGAAUUAAAACACACAUUUGGUAUUUUUUGUUUCAGUACCCCAGUUCAGGAAUGGGGUGUUGCCUUUCCAUCUGUCGGAAACUAAGAGUAAAGUAGCUUGAAGAAUUUUAUAAAACAUGGCAGUAACCAUGCACAGGGAAAAGUUUCCAUCUGAAAAUUGGUGGAUUUUUUUUUUUUUUUUUUUACAUGUAGUAUUUGGUUUUGGACUGAAAAAUAAACACAGCUGGAAAAUGCCUAUAUAUUUCAAUAGUAGAGCUUGGUUAUUUUUAUUUAUUUGUUAUUGUUUUGUUUUGUUUUCAUUUUAAUUUCAUCAGAAGAUAUAUAAUUGCUACAAAUUUAGUUUCUGAAUAAUAAGUUCUUAAAUUAAAUACCUAUAACGAAUGACACUAAUUAAAAGUUAAUUAUCAAUUUACUUAUAUUGCUUUUAAAUUGGAUAUAUUUAAGCAAGUGAUUAAUUGAAACAUGAUUUAUUUCAAUAGAUGAGAUAAGAUUUAUUUGACGCAGCAAUUCAUAAUUGACCAAAUUACCUAUGUACCAUUUAUCUCCACUAUAGUACUGCCUUUUGCAUAUUGCUUCAGAGAGAAGUCUGUACAAGAGCAGAAAAAGUACUGACUUACAAUCAAGUCCACACAAGCAUUUAAGUAUCAAGGUACAAUGUUUCUGCGAAUAAUAUAUCCAAUGUAUGUAGUACUGAUAAAUCUUAUUCUCUAUUCAGAGGAUGAUUAACUAGACCUAUCUAUGUAUAAGUUUAGUAUUCACGAAUUAAAUUAAUUUUGAGGUAACCGUUUCUAGUCAGCUAAAAAUAAAAAUGUGAUAUUCUGGUA